AUGCACGGCAAGAUAAUCUUCUACGAGGACAAGAACUUCCAGGGUCGCUCCUAUGAGACCAGCAGUGAUUGCGCUGACAUGGCCUCCCACCUGAGCAGGUGCCACUCCUGCAGGGUGGAGAGCGGCUGCUUUAUGGUGUACGACCGCCCCAACUACAUGGGUCAGCAGUACUUCCUGAGGAGAGGGGAUUACUCUGACUACCAGCGUAUGAUGGGUUUUGGUGACUGCAUCAGGUCCUGUCGUAUGAUCCCUAUGCACAAGGGGUCCUAUAGAGUUAGGCUCUAUGAGAUGGAGAACUUCGGGGGUCAGAUGUACGAACUGAUGGACGACUGCGACAACAUCCAGGACCGUUACCACAUGUCCGACUGCCAGUCCUGCAACGUGAUGGACGGUCACUGGCUGAUGUACGAGCAGCCCCACUACAGAGGCAGGAUGAUGUACCUGAGGCCCGGAGAGUACAGGAGCUUCAGAGACAUGGGAUACGAUGGAAUGAGAUUCAGCUCCAUCAGGCGCAUCACCGACUCCUGUUAA